UUUUGCAGAAACAAAAGGAACUCAAUCAUUCUGUUUCUCACUUACGGCAAUUACUGAAUGAGAAAGCAGGAGCAGAGCAAGCAUUGAUGGAGCAGAAUCAAGGUUUGCAGCAGGACUGUCGUCUUGCUUAUCAGGAUAACAGAAAUUUGGAGCAAAAGGUUGCAACGAUGGAACAUCAAAUGCAGCAAAGUGUUGCUGAUCAGAAGAAAACUGAAGAUGCAUUGCAGAAAGCUUUGGAACAACAAGAACAGACACAAAGAUAUAAUCACCAUUUGAAAGAUGAAUUAGCAAACUGUCAGGAGAAGCUGCUGAACGAACAAGAGGAGAUGAAGAAAGAGCAAGAGGCUAAUAGCGAAAUAAACAAAGUUGCUGUUCAAUACCAAGACAGAGUGAGGCAAUUGGAGGCAGAUCUGGUUCUAUUCCAACAACAUCAUAAAGAUAUCAGUGAACACGAGCAGCAUAUGAAACAAGAAAUAGAAUUACUACAAAACAGAUUGGAAGAUGUGCAGGUUGCUAAGGAGACACUAAAUGAAGAGCUUCAAAUAGUGCAAUUAGAACGAUCUACCUUAGAACGUGAGAAUGUGGAGUUGGGGGAGCAGUUGAAUCGUCAUGCAACAACAGAAAGUGAAUUAAAAAACAAGUGUAUGAAUUUAGAAUUAACUAGGACCAAGUAUGACAAGGAGUUUGAUGCAUUACAACAGAAAAUGUCAAGCUUGGAGACAAGAGUGGCUGUGGAAACUAGUCUGAAAGAAGGUCAUGAAGGAAGAGUAGAAUCAUUAGAAACUGAGAAAACAUCUCUAGCAAAUAAAGUAUGUAAGUUGAAGACCAAGUUGAGACAGCAACAGGAAGAUCUGAGGAAACAAAUUAGUGAUAUGGAGACUGAAGGAAGGAAACUUAGUCAGGAAAAUGAGGCAAUGAGAAGAAGAUGUGUCAUGUAUGAAAGUGAUUUUACUAAAGCUGAGGAAGCGAAGAAAGAAAUUGUUGAGACGCUUUCCAAAGAAGAAACUAAAGCUAAAUAUCUUGAAGAUCAGCUGCAGCUUAAGCAAGACAUCCUGCAAGUUUUGGAAGGACAAAUCAGCGAACAGAAAGCUUCGAAUGAGUUAUUGCAACAGCAACUAAGAGAUUCAGAAUCAGAUAUGACUCGAAGAAACGAGGAAUAUGAAUUUUUGCAAGUACAGAAGGUGAGCCUGGAGAAUAUAGUGGCUGCAGAAUCUACUCAGAGAGAGGAGCAUGAAAGAAAAGCAAAGUCGUUUGAGAUUGAGAAGAGUUGUCUAAAUGUACAGGAACUGAAGAUCAAAUUAAGUGAACAACAAAGCGAAGAGAGUAAAAAGAUUGUCAAAUUAGAGAGUAAGCUAAGGACAGUGCAAUGUGAGUUAAAGCAGCUGGAUGCUCAGAAAAGGCAAGAUGAUGAACUAACAGAUACAAUCACUACUCUUAGACAAGAAAAUGAGACACUGAGAGCGAAAUGUGAUGAAUUUGAGAAAGCUGUCAGUGAAGUUAAGAACCUUACAGAUCAACUGAAGCAUAAGCAAGACGAACUAGAAUUUCUGGCUAGGAAGGCAGAGGACGCAGAGAAAUUAGCAAUAUCUUGUAGGACAGAAGCAAACAAAACUAUUUCAGAUCUCACUGGUGAAAAACAGACACUAGAAGAUUGUAUAAAGACUGGACAGGAUGAGCAAUUCUCAUUGCAAACACAACUUAAAGAAGCUAAGUCUCAGAAGCGACAGAAGGAAGUAGCACUACAUGAAAUGGAAGGGAGACUGCAAGACAGUGUGAAGGAAAUUGAAGAUCUUAAGCAAGAAAUAGCAAAUCUAAACAAUGAACGCUUAGCUUUAGAAAAGGCAGAGAGCCGCAAAGCAGCCUCGUUUGAAGAGAAGCUGCGAUUAGAAAAGGAAAUUAACCAGUUACACAGACGUUUGGAGGAAAAGCAGAGGGAAACAGCUGAAAAAGAGACGCUGGCUCAACAGUUGAAGUCACGGUUGACGUUAGCUGAAGAGAAAGUACUUUUAUCUGAUGAAGAGUUGAGAACAGUGGAAACAGAACUACGCAACUUCAGAGAGAAGUCGAGGACACUUGAAGAAGCAAAUCAUGUAGAACGCAAAUUAGAAACCAGCAAGGCAGCGCUUGAAACGAAGCUGCAGGAGAGUGAGUCUAGCAGACAAGCUCUAGCGAUUGAAUUAGAAGAGGUGAAGAAAAAUCACGAGAAUGCUUACAAGGAAGUACGUGACAUUUCCAAAAGGUAUCGCACUGAGCGAAACGAGGCAAGAGCGGUGCUUGAGAAGUUGGGGAAAUCAACCAAGCACCCAUCAUCACCAAUGGUAACACGAAAAGGUUCUUUAGUAAUGGAUACUAGUCACAAGUCACAGCAAAAGUUGGAAGGUUCUUCAGCUAGCCAUGUACAGGGUACUAGAGCAAGAAAUAGUGGGAAUCGAGACAUGAUAGAUCCUACAGUAUUACUUGCGCAGCAUGCAAAGUCUAGAUCUGUAGAUCCAGUGACUUCUAGUGGUAACGCAAAUCAUUUCGAUGGUCUUUCGGCUCGUAAGCAGCAACAUGCUACUACCUCAUUACCUGCCAUUCAACCAGGGUCUUUGUCGCUUAUUACGUUGACUCCAGUCUCUCAGUUAUCUCAUUGUGAUAAGCAACGCAUAACUAUUGGUUCUACAGUAUUUCUUUCUAACGCAUUUGGACGAAAUGAUGUUGGUAAGGUUGCUUAUUUGGGGAAGACACGCGGUGAUGUUUUUCCACAAGAAUACGUUGGUGUAGUCUUUGAGUCACCAGUUGGAAACAUAGGUGGAAGUGACGGAAGUUGCCCAUACUUUAAAUGUGCAUCUAAACAUGGCAAGCUGGUUCCUGUAGAGCAAGUUGCAUAUACUGAAGAGAGUGAUGUAGAACUUCGAUGGAAUAAUCAUGAUCACAAUGGAGUCUUUCAGUCUGCACCGACACCUUUAAAGCUUGGCAUAUACACUGACUGUCAACUAGUUGUUAAUGGAGAGCUGUAUCCAACUCGACCAGUUGUGAUUGAGCACAACAGUCAUACAUUACACAUUCAACUUCAGAAUUGGCAGUCUGAUGACUGUGAUACAAAACAGCAACAGUCUGCAUCUUCUUCGGCAACAGACUCUAGAUUUCAGAGUCAAGGGAGGUCCAGAGAUUCAAAAGACACGAAGCAUUCUAGUCACGUGAGUAGUGAUGUUGAAACCUUGACUAGACUGAUGCAGACAGUAGCAACCGAACGGGAUAAGUUUCAAUGUAAAGCCGAACGAAGUAAAGCAUCUCUUAAGAACGUGACAGCUGAACUCGAAGAACGUCAAAAACAUGAAGAACAACUUUUGCAGGAACAAAAGGAACUGGAACAUCAAAUGCAGCAAAGUGUUGCUGAUCGAAAGAAAGCUGAAGAAAAAUUGCAAAACGUUUUGGAACAACAAGAACAGACACAGAGAUAUAAUCGUCAUUUGAAAGACGAAUUAGUAAACUGCCAGGAGAAGAUUUUAGACGAACAAGAGGCUUGUAGUGAGAUAAACAAAGUUGCUGUUCAAUACCAAGACAGAGUGAGGCAAUUGGAGGCAGAUCUUACUCUAAUCCAACAACAUACAGAUGUCGAGCAGCAUAUGAAACAAAUGAAUUCAUUACAAAGUAAAUUGGAAGAUGUGCAGGUUAUUAAUGAGGAGCUAAACAAAAAUUUAGAAUCAACUAUAGCUGAGAAGAACAAGAAGUUAAAUGAGUUGCAACAACAAAUGUUAAGUUUGGAGAACAGCUUGACUGUGGCAGCUAUUCAGAAAGAGGAGCAUGACAGAAACGUAGAGCUAUUAGAAACUGAGAAAACAUCUCUUACAGAUAAAAUUUGUGAACUGGAAGCAGCUCUACUUACGAAGCAGCAUGCGAUAGAGCAGCUGGCUGAUGAUAAGACAAAGCAACAUGGUGAACUGAUAACCACUGUGACUGCUCUCAAGCAAGAAAGAGAGACACUGGUAUCAAAGUGUGACCAAUUUGAGAAAGACAUCAAUAAAGCUAAAGCAGAAAACAGUGAAGUUACUGAGAGACUUCACGUAGAAAAAGCUAAAGUUACAGAUCUUGAAGAUCAGUUGAAUCGCAGUCAGGAGGAACGAAAAAUUAAGGCUAUGCCUGAAGUUGCAAAUGAAACUGUAAGGUUGUCUGAAAGCAUGGAAGCAAAACCUGCCAUUUCACAACUCAUCGAUGAAAAAAGAGCACUGGAAGUUUGCAUUGAAAAGCAUUGGGUUGAGAAAAUGUCAUUGCAACAGCGUCUAGAAGAAUCUGAGCAUCAAAAGCAGCAGGACAAAGUAGUACUUAGAUAUAUGGAGAAGAGAUUGCAAGAGAGUAUAAGUGAGAAUGAGGCUCGAAAAAAGAUUUUGAUAGAAUUUCAGUCUGCAUUUACUGCAUUGAGAGAAGCCAAAGAGGCAGAGAGUUGUGCUGUAACCAGGCUUCAACAGGAACUACAAAUAGAAAGAGAACGACAAAACAGCUGUCUGAAGGAAUGGAGAAAUAAAGCCGCUGAGGCAACAGCAAUUCAACAGCUGCAGUUGGAGUUGGCUAACAAUCAAGAUAGACUUCGAGCAUCUGAUGAAAAACUGAGGAGGGCAGAAGCUGAGUUGUGCAAUUAUAGAGACAAACUAACAGCACUUGAACAAGAAAACCACUCAACAAGCCAAGAAAGUGAAACAAAUGUAGAGCCGAAAGAGAAGCCACAAGAGAAUGAGUCUGAUCUGUACACUUAACAAAUUCACUUGAAAGAGGUAAAACAACCAGCAAGCAACAGCAAAGCAAGCGACUACUACAUGCAUGUCAUGACUUUUGUUUUAUAUAAUGUAUUGACUGUAUUACUCAUCACUGCAGCAUUGAAUGUUAUUACCUUGCCAUAUCACAUUAUCUAGUAAUUAAGGCCCCGUCCUAUCUACUCUAUUGUGGAGCUGUUGAUGAUGCCCAGCCCGUGGGAAUGAGAGCUUACUGUAAGUAUACUGCACCUUGCUG